AUGGAGCACGCGAGCACCGCAGCACGGCCAAGGUCACCAGGAGCAGCGAGCAUGAAUUCGUCUUUCAAUGGCGCAGCGAGCGUAGCCAGCUCGUCGAGCAUGCAACACAUCGACUCGGGCCCCAAUCACCGCUAUCAUGGCACGAACAGAAGGAUCAUCCAGCCCACCAGCUCGCCCUCUCAUGCCAAUAUCACUGCAGAAUUGUCGGCUUACCUGCAAUCGAGCUUUCUGCCCUCUGUGCUGCCAACGGCGGAUGAAUACCAGAUGAAGGAGCAAACGAGGAUAUACUUGCAGACGUUGGCCAACCGAGUCUCGCCAGGCGCAAAGUUGCUACCGUUUGGGUCAAUGGCAAACGGCUUCGCUCUUCGCAAUUCAGACAUGGAUCUGUGUUGCUUCAGGUCAGAGACAGAACGACCGCAACGGUCUUCCUCCGAGCUCGUCGAGAUACUCGGACGUAUCAUUGAGCAAGAAACCGAUUUCGAAGUAAAGAUGUUGCCGCGAGCGAGGAUACCUAUCAUCAAGCUCAGCAAGCCACCGUCUCCGGGCGUGCCUUUCGGUCUCCAGUGCGAUAUCGGCUUUGAUAAUCGAUUGGCAAUGGAGAACACGCGACUCCUACUGACUUAUGCUCGUGUCGAUCCUCGCUUAAGGACCAUCGUACUCUUUCUCAAAGUAUGGACGAAAGCGCGUAAGAUCAACAGUCCCUACACCGGCACGCUCAGUUCCUACGGCUACGUACUGCUCGUAAUCCACUUCCUUACCAAUGUCCGCAAGCCAGCCGUGUUACCGAACCUGCAGCGUCUGCCGCCGCCGAGAGCGAUACCAGUUGAAGAGCUCGAGAUCGACGGGCAUGACAUAUACUUUUACGAUGAUCUGGACAGCCUCGACGCAGUGUGGUCAGGCACGAGCAAAGAGAGUGUGGGCGAGCUCCUCGUCGCUUUCUUUCGAUAUUACUCGCAAGAGUUUCGCUAUGCGUGGGACGUCAUUUCUCCGCGCACGGAAGGCGGCAUCCUUACUAAGGAAUCGAAAGGCUGGCAAGCCGACCUGCAUCCUGAGGAUAGCUUGAUGGGCGGGCCGCGCGAGCUCAACAAGCUAUGUAUCGAGGACCCUUUUCAGACAGACUACAAUGUGGCCCGUACAGUCACAAAAGACGGCAUCUUCACUAUCCGGGGCGAGAUGAUGCGAGCUGUACGGAUAGUGACGCAACGAACAGCAAAGAUCUCCAGCAUUAUUGCAGAGUUGACCGAAGAGCGAUCAGAUCAGCUCAUCGCUGCACCACCGGGUGCAGGUAGUCGGCGUCGAUCAGCCCCCUCCCCGCGGUUAGGACCAACAGUCUAUCCACAGCAAAGUGCAGCUGACUUUCGCACAUGGCUGGCGACGUCUGCUGGUAUGGCCCAAACAGCGGGUCCAAUGUACACAGGACGGCCUCAGCAGCUUGGUGGCCAUCUUGAAGAGGCGAUCGAGACGAGCCCAAACAAUGCGCUUGCACCGCAAGUACAAGACUCUACGCCACGACAGGACUACUCGUCCGGGCGGCAGGAAUACGUGCCUUCACGUUAUCGGCACGCAAUGCAGUACAGUCAUACGCUAGCGCCAAUCAAUGGCUAUAGGCGGCCAAGGCAGCCACACAGUCAGAAAUCGCAGUCCCCAAACUCGCACCAGUCGAAUGGUACCAGUUUCGCAGGAUCGCAAAGAGGACGACGCAUGUCUUGGGACGGCGUGCAAGAGUCCACUGUCACCAAUGAUUUCGAUAGGUUCUUUCAGGUUGUUCCUGAUCAGGAAGGUACAGCAACCAUGACGGCCCCUGUCAGUCCGGCAAUGUCAGAGAUGUCCUACAACUUUCGCAGCCUUGCAGUCAACGGGCAUACACAGUCGUCGCCAUUACAAUCUGCUGUUUAUUCGAGCUCAGAUGGCGAUGUUCCCGUGCUCGAUGCAGGCUUGAGUGCGCAGUCAUCUAUGCAGAGCAACAGCCAACCUCAUCCAACAAUCAAGUUUGGAAACUUUCAUUCGCCUUUACAUUCGCCCACGCCAGCAGCUGCUGCUGGGCUGGGUUUGUUCGAGAUGCGCGAUCACGAACUCGCAGCGGAAGCGGCGAAAUCGGCUGCCGCUGCCGCUCGAGCUGCGCAGCCACCAGCACCCCGAUCGUCUUCAUCGCGCAACACGACCUUGGGCGCCAUUCACCCUGAAGUCGACAAUGAUACGUUACUGUUCGGCGGUAUACGGGUCGUCAGGCGGCGAGAAGAAAGCGACAAGGCGAUGGCCGCGCUGAUGCGGUCAGCUGUACAGCGGAGAACGUCGCGAGAGCCAAUGGCAAACUCUUCGCGGCCUGAAGCUGCACAGCGGUAG